AGCAGACAGCUGAAGCGCACAUUUUAUCUCUCUACUCAGUUGCUUUAUUUCGGCGAUUCGCGCUUCGAUCCAUUGUUUUUGAACUUUAUUUCAGGGGUAUCGCUCAAGUCCACCUUUUCCAUCUGCAUUAACGAGAGUUUCUUUCACUAGAGAUGGUAUAUUUCAAGAUUUUCACUUUGCUAUUUACAGCUUUUUGGAUUCAUGCUUGCCGCGGCUUCACUGAUUCUCGUGAUGUUUCUGCAAUUAAUAGUCUAUAUGCUGCACUUGGAUCUCCUCCUCUUCGCGGAUGGAUGCCGUUUGGAGGGGAUCCAUGCGUAGAUGUCUGGCAAGGAGUACAAUGCGUCAAUGCCAAUAUCACUGGAAUAGUUCUUAAUGGUGCUAACUUGGGAGGCGAACUAGGUGAUAAUUUGCAGAACUUUACUUCUAUUAUACUAAUGGACUUGAGGAACAACCACAUCGGAGGUAGCAUUCCGUCCAAUUUGCCUAUUACUAUCAGGAGCUUUUUUCUUUCGGGCAAUCAAUUGAGUGGCAGCAUCCCAGAAACUCUAUCUAUACUAGGCCAAUCCACUGACUUGUUGUUUGACAAUAAUAACUUAACUGGGGAAAUACCUGAUGCAUUUCAACAACUGACAAGUUUGACAAAUUUGGAUCUAUCUAGUAACAAAUUGAGCGGACACUUGCCCCCUUCAAUGGCUAGUUUGUCAUCUAUUACUGCUUUGCAUGUAGAAAACAAUCAACUUAUUGGCACACUUGAUGUGCUGCAAGAUCUUCCCCUCCAAGACCUGGAUGUUGAAAAUAACCUGUUUUCUGGUCCAAUUCCGGCAAAGUUGUUGAAUGUACCAAAUUUCAGGAAGGAAGGGAAUCCCUUCAACACAACCAUUAUACCUUCACCUCCUUCCUUUCCUCCUUCUGUAUCUCCUUUAAGAGCUCCAUCGCCUGCUUCUGACGCGGGAGGAGGGCAGGAAAAUGGCCCUCCCAUAGAUUCUACCAUCAUCAUGACAAAUUCGUCAACUGGACAAAAUUUUUGGACGACCAAAAUGGGCAGAUUGAUUAUUAUUGGAGGAGUCUUGACAGCUGUAGUACUCUCUGUAGGACUGUGCCUGUUUUUAUGUGGAUGCUUCAGAAGAAGACGGACUUCUGGUAAAAUUGGGAAAAGACAGGACCCCCCAAGUGAAUACUCUGAUUCUGCAGAAAAUCCCAAGCAAAAUACUUAUUUUCCAAGCUCACUUGACAAUAAUAAGACCGGUAAAAAAGCAACUGCGAGGCAUGAACUGGGGGAUAAACAUAAACACGAGAAGGCAAGUUUAAGGUCAGAUAAUGAUGGAACAGCUUCUAUCUCAAUGCGAAAGGAGGACCAUGAGAUAGACUUGUCCAGUGUGGAUAGUGAUUUUCUGCAACCACCACCACCACCUCCAUUUUUUUCACUCAACAAGCCAACUGUAAAUUCAAAUUCAGUUAAGCCUCCACAAAAUAGAGUAAUGCCUAGAGCUCCAAUUCCUGUGAGGAUCUUUACAGUCUCAUCGCUUCAACAGUACACAAACAGUUUUUCUGAAGAAAGUUUUAUUGGGGAAGGCAUCCUUGGUGUUGUAUAUAGAGCUGAACUUCCAAGUGGAGAGCUUUUAGCAGUCAAGAAGCUGGACACAGUGAUUUCCACGCCAUUGAGUAGUGAAGGUUUUCUUGAGCUCGUGUCUCAUUUGUCUAAGCUUCAACACCCUAAUGUUGUUGAGCUUGUGGGUUACUGUUCCCAGUAUGACCAGCAAUUACUCGCGUACAAAUACUGCCAAAACGGGACUCUUCACGAGGCUUUGCAUUGGGAUGUUGACGACAUCCACAAGAAAUUAUCUUGGAAAACCAGAGUUCGGUUGACUCUUGGUGUCGCGCGAGCCUUAGAGUACCUGCAUGAAGUUUGCCAACCACCCAUUAUGCAUCAGAACUUGAAAUCAUCCAAUAUUCUCCUCGAUGAUGAUCUGGCAGUACGCGUUUCAGAUUGUGGAUUGGCUCCUCUAAUGCCAUCUGAGCUGUUAAGACAGUUACUUGAAAAUGGUUAUGGCGCUCCUGAAGUGGAAUCAGGAACAUAUACAUGCCAAAGUGAUGUGUAUAGCUUCGGAGUUGUAAUGUUAGAGCUUCUUACAGGUCGAAAAUCGUACGACAGAUCAAGGCCUAGAGGAGAGCAAUUUCUGGUGAGAUGGGCAGUCCCUCAGCUUCACGAUAUUGACUCCUUGUCAAGAAUGGUCGAUCCUUCAUUGAAUGGAGCGUACCCUACAAAGUCUUUGUCACGGUUUGCUGACAUAAUUUUCAGUUGUAUUCAGGCUGAGCCGGAGUUCAGGCCGCCAAUGUCUGAAAUUGUUGAGAGCCUCUUGCACGUGAUCUAAGUAGGGGGCGAACUCCAAAUGGAUGGAAGCUGAGGAAUUAUUGUAUUGUAAUUUAUAGGUAGCUAGUACAUUUUGUGCAUCUGUAAAAUAUAUUCAAUCGAUCUAUUGUGUUUUAAGUUAUAAUGUGAAGAUUUUAAAUUGUAAUAUUAAUGUUGAAGACAAGCAAGAACCAACCAGUGGAGGUUCUAAAUUUAUUAAUCUUAAUGCUGAAGACAACUAACCAGUGGAGGUUCUAACUUGGAAGCCUGAAUUCAUUAUAUUCAAACGCAAUGUGGGGAUUCGGGACUCACAUGGUGAUUUUGGGUUAUUUUUAAUAUAAAUAUAAAUUUG